GCAUCAUGCUACGUCGUUCUGAAGCUCACCUCCAAUAUUCCAUUGACUUGGAGGGGGGUGGUGUUCUCAACUUUCAAGCUGCGCCUUUCAUAUCCUAACUGCUCCUCCACCGGAUGUCCAGUUGAAAGAUUCUUGACUUGUCUCUCUCUCUCUCUCUGUGAAACUCUAUUAUGGUUCUCUGUUGUGUUUUUUAUUUUCAACUUUUACGAUUAAUGUCAAUAAUGUUUUCAAUUUUCAAUCUGUUUGGCUGCCUGGAGAGUAAUUAUUAAUUAAUUAAGAGAUACUAAUGUUUUUUGUCAAGCACUACUCUUUUCAAUAUUCUCCCCAAUUUCUCAGCUAAAGGUCGUCCUCUGCAACAAUUUGCUUAGUUUGAUUCCCUCGAUUAUUGUUUCAUUUCUCUUGUCUCUAAUUAGGAAGGAAUGGAGAAAGUGGGGGUGAAAAGACAGUUUAAUUUUUAAUUGGGGUUUGAAGGUUCAGUUCACUGCUUAUUAUCUGUUCCUUGUGCUAAUCAUGAGCCACUAAUUAACGUUGGAAAUGCUCCACGCCUUAGGAGUCUACACCCCUGUUAUGUAUUUUCAAAGUCAACGUGUUACUUUACUUUUUUUUUUUUUUUUUUGGUUUAUUUUUCUGUUUUUUUUCCUUCUUUCUUUUAUUUUUACUGUCAAUAUAUUUCCUUCUCUCUAAGUCAUUUGUAACACUUGCUGAUUAGUUGAUUUGCCUAAUUGUUUCAUGUUUUCGGUAUUUAGCGCUGAUUGUCUGCUUUCUAUGCUUAUGAGCAACUAAUUAAUUCCUGAUUUUGGAAUUUACCCACCUUUUUAAUUAUUCAAAAGGGUGUCAGAAUGCUCAGGCUGAGAGUUUAUGCACAUGUUCUUGCUCUGUCAUUUUCUUGCUUCAUGCUUCUCGCACUUGCACAAAUUACAGAUCCUUCAGAAGUCAAGGCCUUGCAAGCAGUCAAAAGCGGUUUAAAUGAUCCUCUGAAUCAUCUCAGAAACUGGAACAAGGGGGAUCCUUGUGUAUCCAAUUGGACUGGAGUUUUAUGUUUUGAUACAAUUGCUAAUGAUGGAUAUUUGCAUGUCAAGGAGCUCCGGUUGCUGAAUAUGAAUCUUUCAGGAAGUUUAGUACCUGAGCUUGGCCAACUGUCUCAACUUCAAAUACUAGAUUUUAUGUGGAAUGAACUAACUGGCACUAUUCCCAAGGAGAUAGGAAAGAUUGCAUCACUGAUUCUCUUGCUCUUAAAUGGAAACAAUCUUUCAGGUUCUUUACCCGAUGAGCUUGGCUAUCUCUCGAAACUUAACAGAUUCCAAAUCGACCAGAACCAACUUUCUGGUCCAAUACCAAGAUCAUUUGCUAACCUGCUCAGUGUUAAACACCUCCACUUUAACAACAAUUCUCUUAGUGGUGAAAUUCCAUCUGAGUUUUCCAAAUUGUCCAAUCUUCUUCAUAUGCUCUUGGACAAUAACAACUUAUCUGGAUCGCUUCCGCCAGAAUUGUCCAACUUGUCAGAUCUGCGCAUACUUCAACUUGAUAACAACAAUUUUAGAGGAUCUGAGAUUCCUGCUACUUAUGGAAAACUUUCCACAUUAGCAAAAUUAAGUCUUAAGAAUUGCAGUUUGCAGGGAGGUAUUCCUGAUUUCAGUGGCAUAGCUAACCUUAGUUAUUUAGACUUGAGUAGGAAUCAUCUUACGGGAACCAUACCAUCACAAAAGCUUUCUCAUAAUAUGACAACCAUCAAACUGUCACAUAACAAUCUUAAUGGAUCUAUUCCCAUGAGUUUUUCAGAUCUUCCUUUUCUCCAAAAAUUGUCACUUGAGAGCAAUUUGUUGACUGGUACUGUCCCUGCUAACCUAUGGCAGAAUUUGUCCCUUACGAAAAGUAAUAGACGUACACUUGAUCUUCGGAACAAUUCACUAUCAAACAUUUUGGGAGAUUUAGAUCCUCCAGCAAAUGUCACUCUGAGGCUUGAUAACAAUCCUAUUUGCAAGAACUCUACCAUGCAGAACAUAGGCCGGUUUUGUAGUUAUGAAGCUGGAGGAAAUGAGAUCCCAGAAAACUCAACCAAUUCAACUCAAACAAUGACCUGUCCUCCUCAGGCUUGUCCUGAUGAUAAUUACUUUGAAUAUGUUCCAGCUUCCCCUGUUCCAUGCUUUUGUGCAUCCCCACUAAGAAUUGGGUAUCGGCUGAAGAGUCCUAGUUUUUCCUAUUUUCUUCCAUAUAUGAGUCAAUUUAAGAUGUAUCUAAGUACGUAUCUCAACUUGGACAUUUCUCAAAUUUCAAUUGAUUCAUUUAUCUGGGAAGAAGGGCCUCGUCUACGAAUGAAUUUGAAGCUUUUUCCUUUGUACGACAAAAGUACAUUCAAUACAAGCGAGGUUCAGCGGAUAAGAAACCAAUUUACUUCGUGGAGAUUUCCUCGCACUGAUUUUUUUGGACCAUAUGAGCUUCUCAAUUUCACUCUCCAGGGGCCUUAUUCUACUAUGAGUGUUAAGGUACAAAGGGCAAGCAUUAGUAAAGGCAUUUUGGCAGCCAUUAUUAUAGGAGCCAUAGCCAUCAUUGUUUCUAUAGCUGCAUUAGUCAUGCUUCUGAUUACAAGACGUUCUGGCUUCCAUCACACGCCAUCAUCGAGGAAAAAUAUGUCCACAAGGAUUUCUGUGAAAAUUGAUGAUGUGAGGUCAUUCACCAUUAAAGAAAUGGCAUUAGCUACUGGGAAUUUUAGUAGCUCAAGUCAAGUAGGCCAAGGAGGUUAUGGGAAGGUUUACAAAGGCAUCUUGCCUGAUAAUAUGAUUGUGGCAAUCAAACGUGCAGAAGAAGGAUCAUUGCAGGGCCAGAGAGAAUUCUUGACAGAGAUAGAGUUGUUGUCAAGGGUACAUCACCGAAACCUGGUCUCAUUAGUCGGGUAUUGUGAUGAAGAAGAUGAGCAGAUGCUGGUGUAUGAAUUUAUGCCUAAUGGAACCCUGAGGGACUGGCUUGGUGCCAAGGCCAAGCGAACAUUGAGUUUCGGUAUGAGGUUACGAAUCGCUUUGGGUUCGGCUAAAGCCAUUCUCUAUCUCCAUACAGAAGCAGACCCACCUAUAUUCCAUCGAGACAUUAAAGCCAGCAACAUACUUCUAGACUCCAACCUUAUAGCUAAAGUGGCUGAUUUUGGACUCUCACGCCUUGCACCACUCCAGGAUGACGAAGGGACUCCUAAAUAUGUAUCUACAAUUGUGAAGGGAACACCAGGCUACCUGGAUCCAGAAUACUUCUUGACUCAUAAAUUGACAGACAAAAGUGAUGUAUACAGCCUAGGAGUAGUAUUUCUGGAGCUCUUAACAGGAAUGCAACCUAUAUUACAUGGCAAAAACAUUGUCCGCGAGGUGAAUGUGGCACACGAGUCAGGCAAUAUGUUCUCCAUCAUAGACAGCAGAAUGGGAUCGUAUCCAUCAGAUUGUGUGGAAAGGUUUGUAGGUUUGGCUCUUAGUUGUUGCCAUGACAAGCCAGAAAAGAGGCCUAGUAUGUUAGACGUCGUGAGGGAGCUUGAAAACAUCCUCAAAACGAUGCCAGAAAGUACUCAUCAUCAUCAUGCUACCAUCUCAGAAUCCAGUGCUCCCGCAUUUUCUGGCAAGUUGGAACCUUCAUCGUCAUCUUCAUCCUAUGUUACCCACGACACAUUCAUGUCCUCCAGCAUUUCUGGAAGUGAUCUUGUCAGCGGAGUCAUUCCCAGCAUCACUCCUCGCUGACAUUGACUUGAUGAAAACAAGUAGUUUGUUGUAACUUUUGCACUUUUUCAAAAUGGGAUUUUGGUCCAUUUCUGUAUGGUUUUCGAAUUUGUAAUUAUUGCAUAUCAUCUUGUUUCUGAGUUUGGCCAAAGAUGAAAACACACAUGUAUAUAUUGACCAAUAUGAACGGAAUUUGACUCCUGGUACUGACAAAUUAAAGAGAUCAA